AUGUUCAGACAAGUGUACAAGAGACUCUUGUCAUCUACUUCAAUAAAUGGCGUAAGGAAUGGUCCAUUUAGAAGGAUCAAUAAGAAUGUGAACAGUUCAGAUUCACUACGACAGUCUCCAAUGCUAACGAAUCCAAAUACCACCUUCAUUCAAAGUCAUCAUCCUAUUGCUACACAGAUACUUAACGAACCGACAGUAAUUAUUGAAAGACAAAUAGAAAUGAUGAACGUGUUUUUAGGUUUUGAACAAGCAAAUAAAUAUUCUAUAAUGGAUGUUAUGGGAAAUAGAAUUGGUUAUAUGAUGGAAAGGGAUUUUUCUAUCGGAAAAGCGAUUUUAAGGCAACUUUAUAGGUUACAUAGACCAUUUACUGUGGACGUUUUUGAUAACUGGGGUAACGUUAUCUUAACAAUUCACAGACCAUUCUCGUGGAUCAAUUCUCAUAUAAAAGCUUAUUUGCCCCCUUCAGAUAUUAGCAAUUAUAAUUACAAACAUUCCAAUGAAAAUUAUAGUGGCAUAACUUCAAAUACAUUCAGUGUACCUCCAGGAAGAAAUAUGCCAAUUCCUCAAAAUAUACAAGAAUCCGAUGAUGUGGGUAUUUUGGUAGGUGAAUCGAUACAGAAUUGGCAUCUUUGGAGACGUCGCUAUGAAUUAUUCCAAAGAGAUGUGAAAGAAGAUGUGUCAUUCUCUCAGUAUGGUGAAAUAGAUGCCCCAUUUCUAUCUUUCGAUUUCCCAGUUGCUGACUCGGAAGGAAAAAUAAUGGCUGGUGUGGAUAGAAAUUGGGUCGGUUUAGGAAGAGAAUUGUUCACUGAUACUGGUGUCUAUAUUGUUAGGUUCGAUUCUACAAGAUCUUUUGAGGGAAUUUACCCACCAGAAUCCAUAAGCAAUCAAGUAUUAACAUUUGAUCAGAGAGCUGUGUUAUUAGCAAAUGCAGUUUCAAUUGAUUUUGAUUACUUUUCAAGACAUUCAAGAACUGGCGGUGGUUUACUUUCUUUUGGUAGUUAUGAUGAUUAA